AUGAAGAAUCUGACCACUAUAAAGCAAACGAACAAGAAUGUCAAACAAGAAAGACGUAAAAAGUACGCUGAUUUGGCGAUUCAAGGCACAAAUAACUCCUCAAUUGCUUCUAAAAGAUCGGUAGAGUUAUUGUAUUUGCCAAAACUGAGUUCGGCUAAUAAUUUCCAAAUGGAUAAGAAUAAUAAACUGUUGGAAUAUUUUAAAUUCUUUGUUCCUAAGAAAAUUAAAAGAUCUCCCUGUAUUAACAGAGGUUAUUGGUUGAGGUUAUUUGCCAUCAGGUCAAGAUUGAACUCCAUCAUUGAACAAACGCCACAGGAUAAAAAGAUAGUUGUUGUUAACCUUGGUUGUGGGUACGAUCCAUUACCAUUUCAACUAUUAGACACCAAUAACAUACAAAGUCAACAAUAUCAUGACCGAGUUUCCUUUAUUGAUAUUGAUUACUCUGAUUUAUUGAAAAUUAAAAUUGAGUUGAUCAAAACUAUACCCGAGCUUUCGAAAAUUAUUGGUCUUUCUGAAGAUAAAGAUUAUGUUGAUGAUAGUAAUGUUGAUUUUUUGACUACUCCAAAGUAUCUCGCCCGACCAUGCGACUUGAACGAUUCUAAGAUGUUCAGCACAUUGCUAAAUGAGUGUCAAUUAUACGAUCCAAACGUUGUCAAAGUAUUUGUUGCUGAAGUAUCACUGGCGUAUAUGAAGCCGGAGCGUUCUGAUAGUAUAAUCGAGGCAACUUCUAAGAUGGAGAAUAGUCAUUUUAUUAUUCUUGAGCAGUUGAUUCCAAAGGGACCUUUUGAACCCUUUUCUAAGCAGAUGCUAGCUCAUUUCAAGAGAAAUGAUUCUCCGUUACAGUCUGUAUUAAAGUAUAAUACUAUCGAGUCACAGGUUCAACGAUUCAAUAAGUUAGGUUUCGCUUACGUUAACGUGGGUGAUAUGUUUCAACUGUGGGAAAGCGCAGAUGAGGCAACCAAGAAGGAACUUUUAAAGGUAGAGCCUUUUGAUGAACUAGAGGAGUUCCAUUUAUUUUGUCAUCAUUAUGUUUUAUGCCACGCUACGAACUAUAAAGAAUUCGCAUUUACUCAAGGGUUUUUGUUUGACAGAUCAAUAUCUGAGAUAAACCUAACUGUGGAUGAAGACUAUCAGCUUCUAGAAUGCGAGUGCCCCAUCAAUAGAAAAUUUGGCGAUGUAGAUGUCGCUGGAAAUGAUGUGUUUUACAUGGGAGGUAGUAACCCAUACAGAGUAAACGAAAUAUUACAGUUGAGUAUACACUACGACAAAAUAGACAUGAAGAAUAUUGAAGUAAGCAGCAGCGAGGUUCCUGUAGCAAGAAUGUGUCACACUUUUACAACUAUUUCUAGAAAUAACCAGCUACUGCUUAUUGGAGGUAGAAAGGCACCACACCAAGGUCUCUCUGAUAAUUGGAUAUUUGAUAUGAAAACAAGAGAGUGGUCGAUGAUCAAGAGUUUAUCACACACGAGAUUCAGACAUAGUGCAUGUAGCUUACCGGAUGGAAACGUCCUGAUCCUUGGUGGGGUUACAGAAGGACCUGCCAUGCUGCUAUACAAUGUCACCGAAGAAAUCUUCAAAGACGUAACUCCAAAAGAUGAAUUCUUCCAAAAUUCGCUAGUAUCAGCGGGUCUAGAAUUUGAUCCGGUUUCCAAACAAGGCAUAAUAUUGGGUGGUGGAUUUAUGGAUCAAACAACUGUCUCGGACAAGGCAAUUAUUUUCAAAUAUGAUGCGGAAAAUGCUACUGAACCAAUUACGGUGAUUAAGAAGCUCCAGCACCCCUUAUUUCAACGUUAUGGAUCCCAGAUAAAAUACAUUACUCCAAGAAAGCUAUUAAUAGUCGGUGGAACAAGUCCUUCCGGGCUAUUUGACCGGACCAACUCUAUAAUCAGCCUUGAUCCGCUGAGUGAGACGCUAACAUCAAUUCCCAUAUCAAGACGCAUAUGGGAAGAUCACUCACUAAUGCUUGCUGGAUUUAGUUUGGUGUCCACUUCUAUGGGCACCAUACAUAUCAUUGGAGGCGGUGCCACUUGCUACGGCUUUGGAUCAGUGACUAAUGUAGGUCUUAAGCUCAUAGCAAUCGCGAAAUAA